CAUAAAGAAAUCCCACUUGCAAAGAAACUUACCCGGCAGAAACAUCAUGAAAGUAUGUAAAUAAAAUGCAUGCAAAACACAAUUUAACCAAAAUUUAUCCAAAAAUUACUUCCUGGAAGGAGACAAACUGCCAAAUUCUUACCAGGAAAACUAAUUUCAUGAAAAGCUCACCAACUAAUUUUUCAUAACGACCAUGAAAGUGAAAGUGCCAUUCUCGCUAAACGAAGAAAAGUUGACCCCGUUGCUCCUCACUUUUGUCGUCAUCUUAUCAAACAUUCACUUAUCGAGAUGUGACCACUGUUGUCAAUCUUCACACUGGGUGGGCGAAGACGAAUCCAAUAACGGUGAUGAUACGCCCUCCCCAACGCCGACCACAAUUCUUGAAGGGAUUAAAACUUUUCAAGAACAAAGGGCUCAAGAAUGUGGGGCUGAGGACGACGAAAAUUGUGGGGGAAGCCGGGGGAGGAGGACAAGGGACACUUCUAGCAAAGAAAAACGCUACAUUUUAUACGAAAUCAACCCCGGAGAAGGAUUUAAUCUCCGGAGAGAUAUCUUCGUCCGCAUUGCUCCUCUCAUAAAAUCGUUAAAUUCUAAAAUUUCCACCCAAUUUGACUGGAUUUUGGUCCUUCCCCCGUGGCAAGGCAUCCCCCAUUGGAGGCACACCCCUCGAAAGGACUCAUUCCCCUGGGGAACUUUCUUCUCCAUCGAAUCUAUCAAAAAAUACGUUCCCGUUUUAGAGUGGGAUCAAUUUCUUGAUGAAUACGGAUUCCACUCUGGAUUAGACGUUAUCUUCAAUUUGGCUCAUUUUCCACUCAACAAAGACGACAAUUCUUGGCAGGAUGAGGUCAAACUGAAUCCAAAUUGUGAUACUACGAAAUCAAUUCCGUUCUCAUUCGAAAUGCAGAAGGAUAACUCUUAUUGGGGAAAUAUGUGGGGUCAUCCCAUCACGACGGCGCGGAUAGAAUGCGUCUCCCUCCGAGGAACGGGGCCCACACUCCUCCCACUAAUAAAAGAGGAGGGACUCCGCUGCACCGCAAUCUUCCUCUCCUCCGCGGAAGUCAUUCUUUGGGACGAGUACGGCAGCGAGGAAUGGUGGAGGGCGAGAGCGGCCUUAAAAUUUUCGUCGAAUUUAGUCACUCUGGCGGAAAAUCUAGUCCUCAAAUAUUUCCAGUCGCCAUCCUCAUCGUCGCCAUCGGACGCCAAGGUCAAGGUCACACCAUACCUCUCCGUUCACCUGAGACGAAGAGACUUCCUUCUGAGAAAAGAUGGCAAGUCGUUGUCCUUGAAAGACGUUGCUGACCAGAUCGCCAGGGUUUGUGCAGAGUUGAAAUUUGAGCACGUUUUUGUCGCGACGGAUGCAGAUGAGAAAGAACGCAUCGAGCUCAUAAAAUUACUCGGAAACAUUUCCGUAACAAUGUCAUCCUGUCCCCCCAAUUCGCCCCCACUUUCUGAAGGGGAAUGUGCCAUUCUGGACCAAUUGGUGUGUUCUUUAAGCCCCCAUUUUAUCGGGACGGAGGGGUCGACCUUCACCCUCCGCAUAUUCGAGGAACGCCUCCUUCACGGAAAAACGCCAGACUCGACGUUCAACUAUUUCUGUGCGUCAGACAAGAAGACUUCCGACUGUCCAAAACCAACGAGAUGGUUGAUCCCUGAUGUGGCCAAAGAUUUAAUUUCUUCUACUUAAAAAUAUUCAUUUAUAAUUUUAUGAAAAUGAGAUUAAUUUAUUACACAAACGUCAUAAAACUUAUGGAAAAGAAGUUGAUUAAAUGGGCGACCAAUUAUUUCUAAAUGCA